GAAUCGGUCGUCGUCAAUCUCCAAAACAUGUGGGAAGGCAUGGACACACAAGAAAUUGCUAAAAGAAUCGUUGGCAAGAGGCUUUUCGUUGGUGAGUCCAUGCUCUGAUUUGAAAAACCAAUAAUGUUGACGUCUUACACCUUUUUGUAUCUAGGCUAUCCAUUCCUGCAAGAAUCGUUUGUGCAGGCAGUAUCAGACGAAAAAUUCAAGUAUGAACACACCAUGCGUGAUCGUAAGAGACUCGUUCUUCGAACUCCUAUGCCCGCGAAUGAAGUGGAUUGGUGGCGCAAGCGAUCAGAUCGCUUCGAGUACAUGGCAAGCAAACGAUUUGCAUGCAUUAUUGGUCAUGUGGACGUUUGUGUCCAUGUUCGUCUUCUCAAGGGCAUGCGCAGAAUGGAUGAUGGUGCACUUUUGAAAGAUUAUGACCAUCCUAAUCAGGCAACGAUCCUUCCACUGCAAACCUCAGUUCUUAAAGUGGAAAAUGAAGACAGACGUUACAUCGAGCAACCUUCUCGUCCUGUGGAGGAAGACUUCCCCACCAAAAGUGAUGUGUUCUUCUUAGGAGCCAAAUUCUAUGGAACACUGGCUACGGUGAUUGGUCAUGCUGAGGAUACCGUUGCGCUCAAGAUAUUGGUGCCAAACGAUGAACACUAUCUGACCGAACCCACAUUUGGAAGGGAUAUAAUUAGUGAACACAAGACACGCUGGAUUCCUGCCUAUGUCGUCGCCAAAAAGAUCGGCAUCUCAUCAUUGGCAUUGUCUAAAAUUACCUCGUCCCUUUCAGUGCAAUUAAGCCCAGAUAAGGCCAACCUUGGACUCAAUCUCAAGUUUGAAGCCAAACAACAAAAGGUGGUUGGCUAUACUAGGAAGACCAACAAUGUUUGGGAGUACUCUUCCAAGGCCAUUGACUUGUUGACUGAAUACAAAAAGCAAUUCCCCGAUUUCUUUAGGCAAUUAGACAAGCAAGCGCAGCAAGGUUAGACAUUGUGCUGUGACCAUGCGGUUGA